UUGAACGAGAGAGUCGGAAGCCAUCCACCCUGUCCGUCCUGUCACUGGCACAGUGCAGCUCACGAUAUCACUGAAAGAUCAAGCUACGUAGUUAACUAAACAUUUAGUCGAAUUUAAAUAUAACCGCCUGUCAUUUUUUUAAAUUGCGGCCUCAUUGUGGUUGUACCUAUGUCGGUAUGGCGUUUUUGGAGAAGCCCUUACCUGGAAGGGUACUGUUGGAUGAUACAGUUGCUCUGACGGCGGUGAUCGAAGCGAGCCAGAAUUUACAGUCACAUACGGAAUACAUAAUCCGCAUACAAAGAGGUGUUUCUUCAGAUAACAGUUGGCAGGUCAUUCGCAGAUACAGUGAUUUUGACAUGCUGAAUAAUAGUCUGCUGGUCUCUGGCAUAAACCUGCCUCUCCCGCCUAAGAAGCUGUUAGGGAACAUGGACAGAGAGUUCAUAGCAGAGAGACAAAGAGGACUCCAGGCCUACCUAGAUUUCAUUACCCAGAACCAUGUGCUCUCCAGCUGUGAACUAGUAAAAAAGUUCCUGGAUCCUAAUAACUACUCUGCCAACUACACAGAAAUCGCCUUGCAGCAGGUGUCCAUGUUCUUCAGAUCAGACCCAAAGUGGGAAGUUGUGGAGCCUUUGAAAGACAUUGGAUGGAGGAUACGAAAGAAAUAUUUCCUUAUAAAAAACAAAGAUCUACCAAAGGAACGACAAGUAUUAAGUUGGGUUGACCUGGGUCCAGAUAAAUUCCUGUCAGACAAAGACCUUCAGUCUACAAUGAAGCUGCUCCCUACACUGGCUAACCCGUACAUCUACCCAGUGACGUUCGCCAACACCAGUGAGUCCUCAGCACUGGUCAUCAGGCUGUUCAGUGAGAAAGGCACUCUGAGAGACCACAUAUGCAAGGUGAAGCCCAAAGAGCCCUUCAUGAAGAAGUACUGCAACCCCAAGAAGACCCAGGGCCUGGAGCUGCAGCAGAUCAGGCUCUACGGGCGGCAGGUUCUGGAGGUCCUGAAGUUUCUCCAUGAUAAGGGCUUCCAGUAUGGCCAUCUCCAUGCCUCCAACGUGGUGUUAGAGGACAACACCUGCAAGUUGCUGGACAUAGAGAACAGCCUUCUGGGCCUACCGUCCUACUACCGGCCCUACAUAGCCCAGUUCAGGAAAAUCAACACCGUAGAGAGCAUCGACGUCUACUCGUUUGGUCACUUACUGUAUGAAAUGAUGUACGGCAGCCCUCCGGACACGGUGCCCGUGGACCAGUACCCACCGGCACCUUCCACCUCAGUGGUCUCUGUGUUGCAAUCCAUCCUGUCUACUGAGGCCUGCAAGACAGGGAUGCCCACUCUUGCGCAGCUACUACAGACACCGCUGUUCAGCGACGUGCUCCUGUACCACUCAGAGAAGCUCCAGUUCAAGAUCCCCACCAAGUUAAAAGAUGCGCUGAAGACCGCCCGAGAAGGCUUCGAGAAGCGACUUCAAGAGGAGCAGAAAAUGAUCCAUCAGCACAGGAGGUUGACGAGAGCUCAGUCCCACCAUGGAUCAGAGGAGGAGAAGAAGAAGAGGAAGAUCCUGGCCAGAAAGAAGUCCAGGCAGUCAACCUAUGAAAACGAGGAGGACCUGUCUGUAAAAUAUAACAACAACUCUGGUUCAGGAGCCAGCUCCCCACCCACGUCUCCAUCCUCCCCAACACCCCCAUCCACCUCAGGAGUCUCUCCACCACCCCCGCCUCCUCCGCCCCCAGCCAGUGACCCAGGCCAGUCCCUCAACCCCCCACCAUCUACUAAUGGAGUGACCCGCACCGCUUUGCUUAGCUCCAUCCAGACUUUCAGCAAAGGAAAACUGAAGAGGGCUGAGACCUGCGAUCGCAGUAUCUCCCACAUUUAAUAAGAACCACUUUGGAGAAAAUGUCCGGGUUUUAGUUUGGUUUAGAACAUUAAAAAAAAAAAAAAUAAUAAUAAAGUUAUUCCCUCUCAGAUGUUAGACUGAAGCAAGGGACUGGAUCUUAAAUGGCCUGGUCUCAGGUAGGCAGGUUUGGAUCGUUUACAGUAACUUCUGGAAGAGGAACUCCUUGGACAAAUGUCCAUGUUUGAAGUAUAUGUUUUCUGAUCAACAUCCUUCCCAUGCAUUGACUUGAAUGUUGAUGUGACUUGUCAUUUUGAUGUGUCCAAAAUGUGAGGAAGUUGGUGACGACAGGACACUCACUGGUUUACAGGAGAAUAUGACUUGAGUCGGGAUGCGGUUUGCUUACACAUUGCUUCUACUAUCGCAAUACGACCGCAAGAACUUCUACAUGAAUUUGAGUGGGACUGUUUGAUUUUCAACAUGCUAUCCUGCUUGUGUUUCAAGCAUUGGGGUUCUGCACCCAGAAGACUGUUGGGCUGACAGUGUGCCAAAUGUAUCUAUGUGCCGAAGGAUAUUAGCAGAGUUGUCAUGAUCACACCGAAGACCAGUUCUCCAACCCUUGAUGUUGACUUAAAUUAGGAAUGAGGAUAACUUGAAGAUUGUGUUAUGAUUUCUUUGUGAAACGUUCACACAAAUGACUACAUAACGUAUACAGGCAAUGUUAUGGACCAUUUCUUGGCAGCACUUUACCUUUUGGGUUGAGAAUGAUGCUGGACUUAGAUAAUUGUGAGUAAUAUACAGGGAUAAUUUGUAGUGAGUUAUCCUAUUUACGAAAAGAGGCUUCAGUGUCUGCUAAUGGCAUGAUAUGACAUUUUUAACAACUCUACCACUGUAUCAGGCAUUGGAGGAAGAGAUUCUUGGGAGUUUAAAAAGCAAAAUUACAAUCUGCAUUACUGUGUAAAGUGUCCACAUACUAUGUUGUGUACACUCAUAAUGGCUUGAUUACAUGUAUACUUGUGUUGUUGCAAGUGAGAGUAGAAAACCUGUGUUUUAUUUUUGAGACAUCUGUAUUUGGUUUAUUUGCACAAUAUUAUGUACUAUCAGCAUAUUUUGCCUGGUUUAAUAUGUAUUUUAUGAAUGAGCGUUUAAACAGAAUAUAUUUGCUUUCAGUUUUUGAAAACUGGUGAGUGACUGAACUGUAUUUUCAGUGAAAGGCAGUUAUUAUUGAUUUGCAUAAAUCAAAUAUUUCAAUUAUGAGCAGACUUUUGAUGGGUGGGAUAUCAAAACCUGUUUCAUCACGACCAAUCUGCAGAAACUACUAAUUGGAUUGAACUGUGUUGAAGAUGCAUAGUUUACCGAUGUUGGCACAUGGGUGAAUACUUUUGGUUUUAUGCGUGCUUCUCAACUCAUUGUUUUGGAAAAAACUGGGGUAUAAACUAUAAAAUGGCAGCAAGGAUUUGUGUAUAAAUAGCUGAGAGUUGAAGAUGCACUUUAGGUGGAAAGUGAAAUAUUUUUCCUAACAUUUUUGGCAGGCACAUAAAUCCAUCCAUUGCCAUUUGCUGCGUUAUUUUUUGGGGCUUUAUAUGUUCUAUACUGCAAGAGGAAAACCAAUGUUUCUCACCUUGUCCAAUUAUACUUAUUUUAUUAAAAAUACUGGAUUGAAA